AUGCUGUCCAGGGCAAUUUUUCGGCCGACAUAUGCGGCACUUCAGGCCGCACGAUCCACGAGACAUUUGGCGACCACCUCCGACCAAGCACCGACGAAUACACAUGACUUGAUAAAAGAGAUAUCCCAAUUGGCAGAAGAUAACAAAGCCUCAAUCCCAGAGAUUCCUGCGGAAGCUUCCCAGUCAAGUGCUGAGUCGCCUCAGACGAGUAAAACAAUUCCAGCCAAGCAAUGGCCUCAACGAUUAAAAGACGUCUCCCAGGGUUCCCGUCUCCCUAGGAGUGUCCAAGCACUUUACCUACGACCACUAAGAAGGAAAGCAGAACACGGUUUACCAGUUUGCGACCUCCAACUCCGAUCGUACAGCGUGCGCAACGUCGAAUUCUUCGCCGACUUUGCAAUUCGAGCCGCAUAUUACCUCAAUCUUCCAGUCUCCGGACCUGUCCCCUUGCCCCGGAUAGUGGAGCGAUGGACGGUCCCUCGAAGCAAUUUCGUCCACAAGAAGAGUCAGGAGAACUUUGAGCGGAUUACACUACGACGACUUAUACAAAUUAAAGAUGGACAUCCGGAGACUGUGCAGCUAUGGUUGGCAUUUUUGCGACGACAUGCGUUUUACGGCGUCGGUAUGAAAGCGAAUGUCUUUGACUUUGACGAUCUUGACGUCGCCGGUAGACUCGAUGCGACUGCAGAUGAUGUCGAUAAGACCUUGGAGCCAUACUUUGCCCAAUUCGGUCAGCGACACGACGCAAAGGAGAAGCAGCCAAUGGUGGAGCAGAUUAAUAGGAAUCAAAGCCCUCAUGAACUGCGGCAAAGGAGGAAGGAGAGUUUUGCGAUGUUGCUUGCCAUCGGGCUUGAUCCGAGCAAGUCCAUACUAUUCUAUCAGUCUGACGUUUCGGCGCAUGCAGAGCUUAUGUGGGUUUUGAGCGCAGUGGCUUCUAUGGGCUAUCUUUCUCGAAUGACGCAGUGGAAGAGCAAACUACAUUUACCCGAGGACGUUGAGUUAGAUAACGAUACAGCAAAGUCCAAGUUGAGAUUAGGACUCUUCUCUUACCCGGUCCUCCAAGCUGCGGAUAUUCUUGUGCACGGGGCCACUCAUGUUCCCGUCGGCGAAGACCAGAAGCAACACAUUGAAUUCACACGAUAUACAGCCAACAGCUUCAACCACCGUUUUGAUACCGACCUAUUUCCUGCACCCGAAGCUCUGAUAUCUCCGGCUCGUCGUGUCAUGUCUCUGAGAGACCCUAUUCAUAAGAUGUCAAAGUCGGAAGAAGACAAAAGGUCAACAAUCCUUUUGAACGAUGCGGUAAAGGAUGUUCAACAAAAAAUCAAGCAAGCAGUCACGGAUUCCGAGCCUGGAAUAUCGUAUGAUCCCAUCCGUCGACCCGGUAUCUCCAACCUUAUUGAGAUAUUGAGUCACUUGGAAGAACCCAACGGAAGAAGCUGCGAAGAAAUAGCUUCAGAGUUCCGAUCAACGAGGAUCAAAGCAUUCAAGGAUCAUGUGGAAAUGACCAUCAAUGCCCAUGUUCAGCCCAUUCGCGAAAGGUUUCUGGAGAUCAUGAGUAAGGAUGAGAUAGAGAACGGUUAUCUUCAAGAAAUUGCUGCGCAGGGCGCUGCUAGAGCUCGCAUAAACGCUAACAGUACCAUGAAGGCAGUUCGAGAGGCCAUGGGCUUCAAGUCGGACCAAUGCGCUUCUUCCGGGACAUAUGAUGCGAGCUCUUCAUCAACUUAUGAAUACGUUUCCUCCGACUUCAACAUCUCCUACGUCGAUGGCACCGGUGCAGCAGGUGAUUAUGUCACCGAUACUUUGACUAUCGGUGGAUCAAGUGUUUCGUCUUUUCAAUUUGGUAUCGGGUAUACGUCGUCAUCAAACAUCGGCGUACUCGGAAUCGGCUAUACCGCCAAUGAAAUUCAGGUCAAUCGAGACGGAGAGGCAGCCUAUGCAAACCUUCCAUCAGCCUUAGUCAAAAAAGGCCUCAUCAACUCCAAUGCAUAUAGUCUGUGGCUCAACGACCUCGAUGCCAACACGGGAUCUAUACUCUUUGGCGGAGUCGACAGCGGAAAAUACUCCGGCGAACUUAAGACUUUGCCAAUCCAGAAAAUAUAUGGAGAAUAUGCGGAGUUCCUCGUCAUCAUGACUGGGGUUGCGCUACAAAACAGUUCCAGUGACCAUUCGUACAGCUCCGACGAGCUUCCAGCUACGGUCUUAUUAGACUCUGGAACCAGUCUGACUUAUCUGCCAGACACUAUCGUCGAGGAUAUCUACAACGACCUUGGUGUGGUGUAUGAAUCAUCAACAGGAACGGGUUACGUUCCUUGUAGCAUGAUGAAUGAGAACAUCAACAUUACCUACACCUUCACAAGUCCGUCUAUCCCUAUCGGUAUCAAAGAACUCGUUCUAGAGGACGGAUCCGGUUUGACAUUCAAUGACGGGACUCCUGCAUGCGUUUUUGGCAUUGUCCCCGCCGGUGACAGCACUGCUACCUUGGGAGACACAUUCCUUCGAAGCGCUUACGUUGUGUAUGAUUUAGCGAAUAACGAGAUAUCACUGGCUCCGACGAGGUUCAAUUCAACCGAAGAGAAUAUCCUGGAAAUCACGAAUGGCACAUCGGCUGUUCCAGGUGCUACUGCUGUGGCUAACCCUGUGACAACUGCCGCCACAGGGGCUGGCGCGGCCUGGACGGUUUCAUCAACUUCAGUCACAAGUACCUCUAAGUCGGGUGCUUCACGGAAUAUGGUUUCGAGUGUACCUCGUCAUUUUGCGCUUGGGGCUGCGGGAGCAGGUAUCCUGCUAGCACUGUAA